GGGAGGACUUUGUCCCAUCGACCUCCAGACUUAAUCAUCAAAAAUUGAUCAAAGGUUGAAAAAUCAUUCAUACUUUCUUUGGAUGUCAUCACUCUCCACUAACCCAUACCUACACAAUACAUAUAAUAAUUAUAAAUCAUGCAGCAUUUGCACAUACAAAAAUAAUAAUAAUAUAAAAGAAACUUUAACAAAACAGUGACAAAAAAUAAUUAAAGAAGGCUGACAUCAUCAACAUCUCUUCACUUCAACAUGGUACUGCCGCAAUGGACGGCCCAGAUCGAUUCUCCCUUCCCUCAUCUCCCACUCCGCUAAUUUAUCUUCAUCAUCUUCCUCGUCUCUCCCACCUUCCAUUCUCACUCUCUCUUCAGUGCUCAGGCUGAGAGCCCACUGACAGAUCUGCUGAUUGCUUCUGAUACAUACUGUGAUCGAUGUUGCUGGGAAAGCGUCCUCGUCCUCCCAAUCUGCUUCAGAGGACGAGGAGCAUGACGGGGAUCUCCGUCGACGUGGGCGAAGUGGAAGCUCCGGCGCCGGCCGAUCACCAGAAACCCAUCGGAUAUUUGGAAGAGAAGGGGGGCCCGGAAAUACUUGGACAGCAGCGAUUAGUGUUGGGGAUGGUGUCACCCAGAAACCCCAGAGUGAGGAGCUCCGAUGAUCUUCAUCUUCGUCAUGGUUUGUUGGAGACGACGGCUCAUUUCUUGAGGACGUGUGGCCGCUGUAAACGCCGGCUGGCGCCUGGCCGUGAUAUCUACAUGUAUAGGGGAGACACAGCCUUCUGCAGCGUGGAGUGCAGAGAAGAACAGAUGAAGGAAGACGAGAGAAAAGAGAAAAGCAGCAGCAGCUGCGUCGCCUCAAAAAAAGAUCAUCGUCAUCAUCAUCAGCAUCAACGCGCAGAGUUAGCGCCCGCGGCUCAUGCCACCUCUCACUCCAAAACUUCCAGCAGUACUACUGGUAAAGGCGAGACGGUGGCCGCCGCCUGAAAAUUCAUCGGCUGUGUGCGGUGUCGGAUGCAUAUGAUCGACAGAAAUUAGGGGAGAGAUUAGAAACAUGCACGCAGAUCAGAUCAGAUCAGAUGUGAUGAGAUGAGAUGACCGCGUUAAUUAAUUGCCCCCAUAUAUAUUUUAUGCAUAAUUAUAUAUGCUCGACUGUUAAUUAAUUAAUUAAGUCAUGGUACUGUUAAUUAAUUAAUGUGUGAAAAUUAUUGUGGAAAAGAUCGAUUGGGGGUGGGCUGCAAAUACUGAUCUUAAGAUCAAUUGCUUAAUUUCAUGAACAAGAUUUCCAUCAUGUUAGUUUGAACCUACACUAUCUGAAUCAUGCGAGUUCUAAUUUCCUCGUC